GCGCAAUACGCACCGUGAUGGAGAACGUGAAAGGUGCCGGCCAAGCGAAUCUUCUCGGAUCAAUUUAUCGUGAGAUCCAAGGUAUAAAACCCCAAUAAAAAGGAUUUUUAAAAGUAAAUUUGAAAAAAAAAAAAAGAAGAAAAAAGCGAAAAAAGGAAAAUAGGAGGGAAGAAAGGAAAAGGGAUGUAAAAUAUAAAAAUGGGAGGGAGAGAGGGAGGGGAGGGUGGUUGUGUCGUUGGAAAUGAGCGAAUAGCACGGACGACAAGAAAAGUGAGUCAUCGGAGUUUAUAACCAACUCUAUUCUCCAAAACGCUAAGCCCAAAGCUUAACCGAAAAUGCCGUUGUGACUAUCAAUCUUUCUCUCUCUAGGGUUUCGCGGGUCGUAUUCUCGUUAUUCUUUUCUUUCUUUCUCAUAAUUAUUUACGCGAUUCAAAAUUUUGAAUUCGGAGGAGAUCGUUAACAUGGAAAUAAUGGAAUGGAUGCAGAAUUUGGGGAAGAUAAAAUUUGGAACGUUUUGAGGGAUGGAGUUUAUUUGUUGAAAGUACCCAUUAGUGGGGAAAAAAAAAAUGGAUUCGGCGAGAAGUUGGUUGCAGAAGCUUCAACCGAGGGAUAAAUUGAGGAGUUCUACAAGGAAGAAGGAUCCAUCUGGUGCUGAAGAAAAUGAUGAAUUGGAUCCGCAAACUGACGAGGAAGCGCUUUCUAAUAUCACCAAGCAGAAGGUUGCGGCGGCCAAGCAGUAUAUCGAGAACCAUUACAAGGAGCAAAUGAAGAACCUGCAGGAGAGGAGGGAGAGACGAAAUAUAUUGGAAAAGAAGCUGGCUGAUGCUGAUGUGUCCGAGGAAGAUCAAAAUAACCUUCUUAAGUUCUUGGAGAAGAAGGAAACUGAAUACAUGCGCCUUCAGAGGCAUAAAAUGGGAGUUGAUGAUUUUGAGCUGUUAACAAUGAUUGGAAAGGGUGCAUUUGGGGAGGUUCGUAUCUGUAGGGAAAAGGCCACAAGUAAUGUGUAUGCUAUGAAAAAGCUCAAGAAAUCAGAGAUGCUUCGUAGGGGCCAGGUUGAGCAUGUGAGAGCUGAAAGGAAUCUGCUUGCAGAAGUUGAUAGCAAUUGCAUUGUCAAACUCUAUUGUUCUUUCCAAGAUGAUGAAUUUCUUUAUCUUAUCAUGGAAUAUCUACCUGGAGGAGAUAUGAUGACUCUACUUAUGAGAAAGGAUACUUUGACUGAAGAUGAAGCCCGAUUUUAUGUUGCAGAAACGGUUCUGGCUAUUGAGUCUAUCCAUAAACUCAAUUACAUUCAUAGGGACAUUAAGCCUGACAAUUUGCUACUUGAUAAAUAUGGACACUUGAAACUCUCUGAUUUUGGGCUAUGUAAACCGUUAGACUGCAGCAAACUCCAGGAAGAGGAUUUUUCAGUAGCGAGUAAUGGUAAUGGGGCUGCACAAAAUGAUCCUUCUGCUCCAAAACGCACACAACAAGAGCAACUGCAACAUUGGCAGAAGAAUAGGAGAAUGCUGGCUUAUUCUACAGUUGGUACUCCUGACUAUAUUGCUCCAGAGGUUCUGCUGAAAAAAGGUUAUGGAAUGGAGUGUGAUUGGUGGUCACUUGGUGCUAUUAUGUAUGAAAUGCUUGUGGGUUACCCACCUUUCUACUCUGAUGAUCCAAUGUCAACCUGCAGGAAGAUAGUGAAUUGGAGAACUCACUUGAAGUUUCCUGAAGAAGCAAAGCUAUCUGCAGAGGCAAAAGAUCUUAUUACAAAACUCUUGUGUAAUGUCAACCAGAGGCUGGGAUCAAAAGGCGCAGAUGAAAUAAAGGAACAUGCUUGGUUUGAAGGUAUUGAGUGGGACAAGCUCUAUCUGAUGGAAGCUGCAUUUAUACCCGAGGUCAAUGACGAAUUGGAUACUCAAAAUUUUGAAAAGUUUGAAGAAUCUGACAGUCAAACUCACACUUCGUCUAAAACCGGUCCUUGGAGAAAGAUGCUUUCCUCUAAGGACAUCAAUUUUGUGGGGUACACAUAUAAAAAUUUUGAAAUCAUCAAUGAUUAUCAAGUGCCUGGAAUGGCUGAGCUGAAAAAGAAAACCAACAAACCUAAGAGGCCAUCUGUUAAGUCACUCUUCGAUAGUGAAUCAGAGACAUCGGAGACAUCGGAGGUGCCUGCAAGUAAUCCGCCUGUGGAAGGGAGUUUUUUGAACCUUUUGCCUCCGCGAUUAGAAGUUUCUCCAGAACAGAAUGACUCCUAAGCCGGCCAAUGAAUUUGAUGGAGUGAGAGCUUGUUUUCAAUCCAUCUGCAUUUUGACACUAAAGUGACUAGAUGUUGUUCUUGAUGCAUUCUUCUGCGCCUCAAUUUUUAAGUGGCUAUGUCAGCAGGAGCUUUGUGGUUUGACUAAAUUACUAGAAAGGCUCUUAAAGGCCCGAACGAAGGUUUUGAAAGCAACUUAAUCAGCAUCUGAGUCUUCUUGUGGAAGGGGUAGUUUGAGAUUUUAUAUUUUUAAGAAUGUAAGAUAGAAAAGUGGAAAAGUAAAUACCAAUUCAUUUACUCUACUAAUUUGUAACUUCAUUUUUUCUUUUCUUUUGGGUUGUCAAUCUGCAAAUGCUGUACAAAGAUGCUGUAACUCUUAAUACCACCAUGUAUACUUUUCUUUUAUUUGUACUAAAAACAUUUUGCCCAAAAUAUCAGUAAGGCAUCGAUUUAUGCCAUUGUAUUA